AUGCAUUCACCCCUCCGUAUUGCCGUGUUAGAAUGCGACACUCCUCUUGACAGCAUCAACCGCCGCUACAACGGAUAUGGCGGGGUAUUCCGCGCCCUCCUCACAGCCAGCGCCAAAGCAUUAAACCAACCAGAGAAACUCAACCCAGAGACCGGUUUGGAAAUCACAGCAUGGGACAUUGUGAAUGACGACAAAUACCCAAAGCUAGAAGACGUCGAUGCCGUGCUUCUAACAGGUUCAAAACAUAAUUCAUUUGACGAUAUCCCCUGGAUCAACCGCCUCGUCGAAUUCACCCAACAAGUCCUCGCCCAGGACCGAGUGCGCCUACUCGGCAUCUGCUUCGGGCACCAGAUCGUUGGUCGCGCACUAGGCGCCAAGGUCGGACGAAGCGACCAAGGCUGGGAAAUUGCCGUGUGCGAUAUGGACCUGACGGAUAAAGGAAAGGAGCUAUUUGGGCGGGAGAAGAUCCGCAUCCAGCAAAUGCACCGGGACAUUGUUUUCGAAUACCCCCCAAAUGUCACUCCGUUGGGUUCAUCCCCGCGCUGUGCUGUGCAGGGCAUGUAUUCGCCGCGCCGCUUUGUUACUGUUCAGGGUCACCCCGAAUUUACAGGGGACAUGGUCACAGAAAUUAUUGGAAGCAGAACUAAGAGCGGUAUAUUCAAAGAGACCCAGGGUAAGGAUGCAUUGAGCAGGGCUCAUAAUGAGCAUGAUGGUGUUGCUAUUGGUGCGGUGUUCUUGAAGUUCCUACUCGAGGACUAA